AUGUCUCUUCUUAUAAGUGUCUUUCUCUCAGCGUCCUUUCCGCUGCAACAUGUGCCUCAGCGCCCAGCAAACGAAACUCUCGCGCUAGCAUUCACAUUCGAUCCUGCCUUCAAAAAUGAAGCAAGAAAAGCCGAGUGUCUUGCAGCUGCGUGUGCUGUUGGGGUUGCGUGCACGUUCAGUGCACCAAUCGGAGGCGUGUUGUUUUCCAUAGAAGUGACAACGAUGUACUUUUCUGUACGCAGUUACUGGCGCGGUUUUUUUGCAGCCUGCUGUGGUGCAAUAACGACUCGACUUUUGAGAGGAUUUGUUGCUCAGACCGAAGUUACCGUCAAUGCAUUCUUUCAAACGAGCUUUGCACCUGAUGCUUUCGUCGUCAAUGAACUCCCUCUAUUUGUGGUUCUUGGAAUACUUUGUGGUAUUUUGGGAGCUAUGUACAUAUCACUCUAUCGAACCAUUGUAUUGUUUCUGCGAAACAACAAGUACGCCAAGGAGGUAUUCCAACAACAUUACUGGCGCGGUUUUUUUGCAGCCUGCUGUGGUGCAAUAACGACUCGACUUUUGAGAGGAUUUGUUGCUCAGACCGAAGUUACCGUCAAUGCAUUCUUUCAAACGAGCUUUGCACCUGAUGCUUUCGUCGUCAAUGAACUCCCUCUAUUUGUGGUUCUUGGAAUACUUUGUGGUAUUUUGGGAGCUAUGUACAUAUCACUCUAUCGAACCAUUGUAUUGUUUCUGCGAAACAACAAGUACGCCAAGGAGCAAAGGUUCGGUCUGAAUCUGAGGGAUUUCUUCAGUAAUUGCACCUUCUCUGAGACGCCACCCUCAUUUCUCGCUUGUAAAACAGGUGUUUCGGAUCACUGGCUUGGUCAACCAGUCAAUGUUCUAGUUCUUCUAACCAUCUUCAUCACAGUGCAUUUCGUUUUCUCCAUCGUGUGUAUGACUCUGCCGGUUCCCUCCGGUGUGUUUAUGCCCAUUUUUGUUCUGGGAGCAGCAAUUGGUAGGCUGAUGGGAGAGGUGAGCACUUUUCCAAAGAAGGAGAUCCAUAAGUCGCUUCCAGCACAGGUUCUAGUUCUUACCCACCUCGUUUAG